AAUCAAUAAAACAAAAUCGAUCUUGAUUGUGAAUUAUGAUAUCUUAAAUGAUGAAAAUCAAGCGUAGGCUGAUUUCGACCCCUACUCAUAUCUGAUGUCCAGAUUUGGUUUAAGAUAGCUCAACACACAUAGGUGUUGACAUUGUUUAACAUUUAAUUGAAAAAAGAAAAAACACACCUUAAAAAUCCCACCCAUUUAAUUAACACUGAUCUGUUUGUUUUAAUGGUGGCUGACAGCCAUUGAAAUUGAAUUCUGAAGCUGUUCUUCUCUAAACGUUUUUCAUAUUGAAACUCUCUCAUAUUUACCAGAACAAGCUUUGUGAUGGCUAGCACCUCAAAUCCGGAGCUUAACACAAGCCGAAACUAUCGACAAUGGCUGACCGAAACAUUUGAUGGCCAUGAAAUGCUUGAUGAUGAGUUGUCAGAUAGUAAUCUGGACGGAAAUGGUAAUUUGAUCAACCCAUUGGAUCAACAUUUUCCUAUGACUAUGGAACAUAGAGAACCAUACAUUGGUAUGGAGUUUGAGUCAGCUGAGGAUGCUAGGGAGUUUUAUGAGAUGUAUGGUCGGCAUAUGGGCUUCACCAUUCGGAACAAUCGCACUCGUCGAUCUCUUAAGGAUAAUUCGAUAAUUGGCCGAGAGUUUGUUUGCUCGAAAGAAGGUUUUCGUGCAGAGAAAUAUAAGAAGAAAGAAACCCGAGUUUUCACAUCGCGGCCUGCCACAAGAGAGGGAUGUAAUGCAAUGCUGAGGAUAGCAGCAAAAGAUGGGGGAAAAUGGGUUAUCUAUGGUUUUGUUAAAGAACAUAAUCAUGUACUGAAUCCAAGCAAAGUACCUCCUAGACGGUCACAUCGAAUUGCGUUUUGUGAGGAUGAAAAGGAUCUUAAAAUUAGAGAACUGUCCACGGAGCUGCAUCGUGAGAAAAAGAAAUCGGCUGCUUACCAAGAGCAGCUUCAGAUGGUUUUAAAUUAUAUUGAAGAGCACACUCAGCGGUUAUCCUUAAAAGUUAAUUUGGUAUCCAACAAUCUGAGAGAGCUUGAAUAUGAAGACUAAGACUAAGCUCAUUUUCUAAGAUAUGAAUGGGAAUGUGAUGCUCCAAGACCCUCCAAAUACUUGAAAAGUUUGGGGGAAAAAUGAACAUAUGUCCUACACAUAUCUGCAUCCAUGACUCAUGUCGAAGUCCAAAUAACAUAGCUGUCUAUGGUAUCUGUUUUUUGCAACUGAAACAAUAGUUAUAAACUCUUUUAGAUACUUUAUAAAAGAUCAAAAAAGGAAAAAGGAAAGGUGAUAUUUAGUUUCAUUGUAUAGUUUCCAGGCUAAGUUAUGUUUCAGCCAUUCUUCUCUGUAAUUGCUUAAUCAGAGAGAAUGUCGUCUAAACAUUUAUCUAUGGCUGACUAAGUUAUGAUGCUGAAACUUUUCACUCCUUUUCAGUUGAUUCUCUAACUGUGGAAAUUGUUAUCGAAGCGAUCAGUUAAUUGUAUCAGUGAAUGCAGAGAUGACAUCUAUGUGCAUCUUGAUUUAAAAUAACAACCUCCACCUUACUCUUUGGUGGAAGAAAAAUCUGUUGUUGAUGGUUGUUAAUAUUUUGUGUCCUCCAAGUUGCUUGAUGACUGAUUGCAGCCCUAUUUUGGUCAUCAUAUUAUAUAUACAUGGCAGUUGGAAGAAUAGUCUUUGUUAAUGCAAACAUCUAUAUUCAUCUUUUCUUCCAUUGUUUAUUUGUUCCUUAGCAUGUACCCAACACAUAUUCAGGGAACCCUUUGAAUACAUGAAAAAACUUGGCAGAGAAAUUAAA